GAGGAGGAGGAAAAGGAAGAGCCCGGCCACGCCGGGACAGAGCUGCGCCGGCACCUGUGUCACAUGUAGGGACAAAUCCCCUUCCGAAAGCAUCGGCAGGGCGUGAAGGACUCCCUUUUCCAUUGCCCUCAGCCGGGGUCAGCUCCUUUCGCGUCUGCCGUGGCCUCUGGGCUGCGGGCCCUGCGGGACCCUGCCGCCCCUUCCUCCGCUGAUUUAUGGUACCCAUGGCUGCUUGGAUUUAUUUCUGCACUCCGUUUGUUUCUUGGGGGUGGAUUUGUUCCAGUCUGCGCUGCGCCGUAUCCCAGAGGGUCCCGAGGAGUUCCCCGCUGUGCUCCAAGCAGAGCUCCCGAAACUUCUCAUCCCCUCGCCCAGCCUGGCAGCAACCCCCGAGAGUUGCUUAUGGGGGAAGGAGCCACCCAUCCUGCUGCAGCACCACCCUUCCAACACUGCCAGAUGUGCCUCCAGGUUGUGCUGCGCCUACAACCCACUCCGGAGGUGAGGAGGCUGGAACAGCCCCACCCCAGGCCUGGUGCUGUCCAGGGGACCCUUGGGGCGAUGGUGGCAUGUUCCCCCUGGCACAGGUCACGCAGGCUGGUGGCCAUUCCAGGCUGGACACUGCUCUGGGCACGGGGUCACAACCAUGGAUAUGGGGACGUCACCACUGUGGGCACCACCAUGCAGUGGUCUCCUUUUAUCCAGAUCCUUCCCUGCCUCCUGCACUGCUGACCACCAGCUCCACGGGAUCCCGCCCUGACCCUGCGGGCUUGUGCCGUGGACUGCUGAGUUCUCCCCCACGCUCAGCAUGCCCUUUUCUGGUGCAGCCAGACCUUCCCAGGAAUCACUCUGGAGCUCAAGGCCAUCCUGUAGGGUAAGCAUUUUUCAUCCUUUCCAAACGUGAAAAGACUGGCCAUCUGUCUGGAUCGCCCUCCCGCCAAAGCAGCACGAAAGCGGUUCUUUGGGAAAGGUGAUCCCACCAAGGUGCUGCCUGUGCCGGGACUGCUCUCCCAGCUAGCGCACGUCUCCUGUCCCCGGUAGGAAAUGGAGUCCAAGGUCUCCGAAGGCGGCCUCAACGUCACCCUCACCAUCCGGCUGCUGAUGCACGGCAAGGAAGUUGGAAGCAUCAUUGGGAAGAAAGGAGAGACUGUGAAGAAGAUGCGUGAGGAGAGCGGGGCAAGGAUCAACAUCUCGGAGGGGAACUGCCCUGAGCGGAUUGUGACCAUCACUGGCCCCACCGAUGCCAUCUUCAAGGCUUUUGCCAUGAUUGCCUACAAAUUUGAGGAGGACAUAACCAACUCCAUGAGCAACAGCACCGCUACCAGCAAACCUCCGGUGACACUGCGGCUGGUGGUGCCAGCGAGUCAGUGCGGCUCCCUCAUUGGCAAGGGGGGCUCCAAGAUCAAGGAAAUCCGAGAGUCCACAGGUGCUCAGGUCCAGGUGGCGGGGGACAUGCUGCCCAACUCCACGGAGCGGGCGGUGACAAUCUCGGGCACACCCGACGCAAUUAUCCAGUGUGUCAAACAGAUCUGUGUGGUGAUGCUGGAGUCCCCACCAAAAGGUGCCACCAUUCCCUACCGCCCAAAGCCCGCCUCCACCCCUGUCAUUUUUGCAGGUGGUCAGGUAAGAGCCGACCCGCUUGCAGCCUCCACUGCCAACCUCAGCCUUUUACUGCAGCACCAGCCGCUGCCCGCCUAUACAAUUCAGGGACAAUACGCUAUUCCACACCCAGAUCAGUUGACCAAGCUCCACCAGUUGGCUAUGCAGCAAACCCCCUUUACUCCCCUUGGACAGACCACCCCCGCUUUCCCUGGAGAAAAGCUGCCCUUACAUUCCUCCGAAGAAGCUCAAAAUCUGAUGGGCCAGUCAUCAGGUUUGGAUGCCAGUCCCCCGGCCAGUACUCAUGAACUCACCAUUCCCAAUGAUCUAAUAGGCUGCAUAAUCGGACGCCAAGGGACCAAAAUCAAUGAAAUUCGUCAGAUGUCGGGAGCGCAGAUCAAAAUCGCGAAUGCCACGGAAGGGUCAUCGGAGCGCCAAAUUACCAUCACAGGAACCCCUGCAAACAUCAGCCUUGCGCAAUACCUCAUCAACGCCAGGAUUGAUGCUGUGCCAACCCGCCGCCAGCCCUGGAUGUGCGCAGGAGGGAGGCUGCUGGCAGGGCCCCGAGGACGGGGGUCUGCUGGCAGUGAUGGACACUUGUUGGGGUGUGGGCUGGGAGCACCGGUGAGGCUGACGUCUGAGGUCACUGGAAUGGGCGCACUCUAAUUUCCACCCACCAUCCUCCACUCCGCACCACCCGACCCUCUCCAGCCACCGGCACUCCACCCAGCCUGUUCUGCCUGUACAUUUACUGUCUUCCCUUUGCCUCCACAGAUACUCUUUUCUUUACUAACAUAUAUAUAUAUAUAUGUAUAUAAACACACAGGCACAUAUGCACACAUUGGAACGUUUCUUUACGAGCUCUUUACUCUGUGCUCCCGAAGCUGCUCCCAAACUCUUUGGUUAUGGUCCUUGUUUUCAGAGUUAGGGUGUUAAUUCUUCAUCUGCUUUUUGGGGACAAGGGAGGGGGGAGGAGGGGCGUUGUUUUUUUUCUCUCACUGGCAAGACUUGAGGAGCUGGCGGGGUCUCUAGUGUCAGUCUAGCAUAGCUACCUACACGUUUGAGUUGACAUUGGCGGUACUUUCUGUAGCGUAUGGACAUAAUGAUGCCACCCGGAGCUGUGCAUAUUUCAGAUGACUUAAUUUUUCUCACCCUCCUUCCUUUGGUGCUCCCCCUUGCUUGUCCUGGCUCACCUUUGCAGCCUCACGCCCCUGCCCUUAGGCUAAGGGCAUACUUUUCACCCUGUGUCAUUUGGGAAGCAGAAGCCAAGUACGGGUUCAACCCACAGGCUUCUCUCUUGGAACAUGGCAUGGUCCAGACAAGCCCAUUUUCCUACUAAACUAAGGGAAUCACACACACAGAGAUACACACAAAUGCUCUUUUUUUUUUUUAACUAACAAGCACCUGGAAGUGGGAAGAACUCAGCUGUAUGGGAUUCACACCCCCAGGGGCCUUUGAAAGCACUCUUUUGGCAAUCCCCCACAAGCAAAACCUCAGGAAGCUCUGUGAGCCAGCUGUGUUUGUCCUUGUUUGUGUUCAAUAAAUGUCUGUGCAGCUCUGGUA